AUGUUCAAAUUCGCCGUUGUCCUUUUCGCCAUGAUUGCUUGCGCUGCCGCCAAGCCUGGUUUGGUUACCCCAUUGGCCUACACUGCACCAGCUGCUGUUGUUGCUGCUGCCCCAGCACCCUUCGUUACUGCCACUAGCAGCCAAUAUGUUGCCCGUAACUACAAUGGUAUUGCCACAGCUCCAGUUGUUGCUCCCGUUGCCGCCCCUGUUGUAGCCAAGACUGUUGCCGCUCCCAUUGUUGCCAAGACUUUCGCUGCCCCAGUCGCUGCUGCCUACACCACCCCAGUUGCUGCUGCUUACACUGCUCCCGUUGUAGCCAAAUACGCUGCCACUUAUGCUGCUCCUUUCGCCUACUCUGCUCCUUUGACUUAUGCCGCCGCGGCUCCAGCACCAGUCUUCUUGUAAAAUGUAUCAA